AUGCCACGUACGAGAGCUGCACGGCGUUCUGCUACGGCAAAGGAAAGGAGAGGAUGUCAGCUUGCUACUACGUUUGCUCUGCCUCCAAGAAAACCCAAUGCCCGAAAAGGUUCUGGGGAACGAUGCCUUGCUGGAUCUUGGGAUGAAUCUGUUGUUCCCAAUAAGAAACACAAACUGUUUGUUCCUUCCAAAGCAACAGGGAAAAAGUUGGUACUUUUUGCUGGUGACUCGCAUCUACGUACCCUGGUCUUCAAUCCAUCCAUCUUCCCUGAAGAGGAAAAGGCCACAUAUGAACUUGCUUUCUCGUGCACGCCCGGGGCUACUGCAAGACAGCUACAGCAGCAGGUUGCUAAUGACCGAGAGACAUUAAGGAAUGCCCACAGAGAGCCAUCACUGUUGUGUUUGUUGGCUCCUUCCAACAUUCCAACGGAGCAACCAACUAUGGAACAGGCUGUACAAUCGUUUGCACACCUGUUAGAGUCUGUCAAAAUGUACUGGCCACAGAUUUGCGUUUUGGAUUUUCCACCACGUCUUAGCUUUGAUGAUGACUUCCAGGCAGCUCUUCGUCAAGCAUAUCACCGUGCAGCAGCUGAGUUGGAUGUGAAAUACUACCUCUUAGCUCAUCAUUUCUGCAUGAAGAAUACUGACCUUUGGGCCAAAGAUGGAACUCACUUGAGCGACUACGGUGGUUUACCAAUCCUCAUUGAGCAAGCCUGGGCAGCCUGCCACCGGGAACUAGAAUGUUCUCCAACACCAACUCCCAACCUCCCAUGGCCUACCCACAGCAAACAGCCUAAGAAGAAAAAAGUUAGUGCUCCCGUCCAUGAACCAAGCCCACAUACUCGUGGCAGAGGAAGGCUUUCCACAAAACAACGUUCCCCACGCCAGCGCUAUAUCAGCCCGUCUGGAUUUGAACUAGUUGGGACACUUCACAAAGACUCUUCUUCUAGCCAGUGUUGUCCAGCAACUGCACCGGUGACUGUAUGUGGCUUUCCAAUAUCACCUCAUGUUUUCAGCCAUGCUAUGGUUGAAAACGUGGAUGAGACAGAUGAGAUUUCAUCAUCCAGUGACGAAACAUCAGCACUCCCAACUGGGACACAGAUGGGAUCACGUAAACGAAAAAAGGUUUUGGUAAAGAAACGCAUGGACCACCGAAUCGUCUGCAAAAAACAGGCUGUCUACGACUCUUCCCCAUCAACUUCUACAUCAUCUACUGAGGUUUGA